AUGAGUGACCUAGACCGGGCGAUUGAGCAGCUACGGGCCUGCCGCCUGAUCCCCGAAAGCCAGGUGCGCGAAUUGUGCUACAAGGCGCGCGAACUCCUCAUCGAAGAAGGCAAUGUCGUAUCGGUAGACGCACCGGUAACAAUCUGCGGCGACAUCCAUGGGCAAUUCCACGAUCUGAUGGAACUGUUCCGCGUGGGCGGCGACGUUCCCGACACCAACUACCUGUUCAUGGGAGAUUUUGUCGACCGCGGGUUCUAUUCGCUCGAAUCUUUUCUCCUCCUCCUUUGUCUAAAAGUGCGAUACCCCGAUCGCAUGACGCUUAUCCGAGGCAAUCACGAGUCGCGGCAGAUUACGACGGUAUAUGGGUUUUAUGAUGAAUGCAUCCGUAAAUAUGGCAGCGCCAACGUCUGGCGCUAUUGCUGCGAAGUGUUUGAUUAUCUGGCACUGGGAGCCAUCGUGCUGGGGGCCAGUUCGGAACUCGAGCCGACCGCGUCCAGCGCAAACGACACGACGCAAUCCACCAUGCCGAUCGAUGACGGCGAGCUCGAAACCGAAGUGCUGAAUUCGCACGGCGAGGUCACCAUGAGCACCUACCGCCCGCGUCUGCGCUCUUCCUCCAACAUUUCCACAGACUCCCGCAACAUCUCCCCGCCACGCGACAUCUCCGCGGCCCCGGGCCAGCCCGGCAUGCCGGUUCGGUCCGGGGCCCCGGGAACAGGCGCCAGCGCCGACGGCAACGGCAGCGCGACAACCAGCCGCACCGGCGCGGUGCUCUGCGUGCACGGGGGUCUGUCUCCCGUCAUCGACUCCGUCGACAAAAUCCGGCUGAUCGACCGCAAACAAGAGGUGCCGCACGAAGGCGCCAUGUGCGACCUGCUCUGGUCGGACCCGGACGAGAUCGAGGGCUGGGGGCUGAGCCCGCGCGGCGCCGGGUUCCUGUUCGGCGGCGAUAUAGUCAAACAGUUCAAUCACAUCAACGGCCUGUCGCUGGUUGCGCGCGCCCACCAGCUUGUAAUGGAGGGUUACAAGGAGAUGUUCGAUGGCGGUAUCGUCACCGUCUGGUCUGCUCCGAACUACUGCUACCGCUGCGGUAAUGUCGCCGCCAUCUUGGAGUUGGGCGAGGAUACCAGCAGUGGCGGCACCGUCUCCCGCAGCAAUGGCGACUACGGCCGAAGUAACGGCAUCCUUGGUGGCGACGCCGCCAAUCGCGUCGUCAGCCCCGGGAGGAGAUACCGCGUCUUUGAGGCUGCCGCGCAGGAUACCAGAGGGAUGCCUGCGAAGAAGCCCGUGGCUGAUUAUUUCCUGGUGAGUUAA